AGAAAGGACAGACUGCAGUCCGGCACUGGUCAGUAGUAAGAAAGAAAAGCGUAAACACUUAUUUGCACCGCAUUCAGCCACUGCCGCUCUAGUCUUUACGUUUGUCGAAAGUUCAGCUGUUGCGUAGAAAAUAAAGAACUAGCCGGAAAAUAAAUUCUAGUUGCCUUUGUUCUUUCACUUAUUUUUAUCUAGAAUUGAUACAGCAACAUGUAUAAGUUCAAGGAGAUCCAGACGGUCCCGCCAGCGGACGCGAUGAUUGACAUCAUCCUCUCCAAAACGAACCGGAAAACACCGACGGUGGUGCACCCGGGCUACAAGAUUUCGCGGAUUCGGAAUUUCUACUUGCGCAAAAUCAAGUUUUGCCAGUCGGCGUACGCGGAAAAGUUCCAGGAUAUCCUGUGCAAAAAUAUCGUACUCGUAGUGAUCGCAAUUAUGCAUUACAAAUCUACUUGAUAAGGUAAAUGCGCAUUACAAAUUCAAUUUGUAAUGCUGAGCCAAUUUGUAUUGCGAUUUAUACUAGUACGAUACUUUUGCAAUGCAUACAGGACAUGCUCUCGCAAUUUCCGCGGUUGGACGACAUUCACCCCUUCUACGCAGAUUUGUGCAAUGUGUUGUACGACCGAGACCACUACAAACUCGCGCUGGGGCAAAUUUCCACCACGAAAAACAUCAUCGACAACUGCGCGAAGGACUACGUGCGCAUGAUGAAGUUCGCCGACUCUCUGUAUCGGUGCAAGAUGCUCAAGCGCGCCGCGUUGGGACGCAUGUGCACCGCGGUCAAGAAGUUGGGGCCGAGCUUGAAGUACCUCGAGGAGGUCCGACAGCACCUCAGCCGCCUGCCAAGUACGUUUUUUGUUCAUCUUCUACAGCCGAUCUUCGUCGUUCUACAGGGCCUUGGUUUAUUGUUCAACUGCGUUCUACUCGUCUUGUCGCUCUGAUGUUACAACUUACUACUGCGCAUAAAGAUAAAAAGAUUUUUUUCGCGUAGAAGAAAUCGAAGGAAAUUAUCUUCGUGCGUGCUCCCUAGCAAGGAAUCUUGAUGGUUCUACUUCUUCUCUUCACAGGUAUCAAUCCCACGACACGCACCCUGAUUCUUACCGGGUUCCCGAACGUCGGAAAAAGUUCUUUCAUGAACACGGUGACAAAUGCCAACGUGGAUGUGCAGCCUUACGCGUUCACCACCAAGUCUCUAUUCCUCGGCCACAUGGACUACAGGUAGAUACGAUCUAUGUAUAGUUAUUGAUGCGGGGCUGAUGAGAAUAGAUGAAAAACAAAAAGAAAAACUACCGGUGCAGCGUAUCCAGUGGCACUUCUUUCUUUGCACUACUAGUAGUUGUAUCUAUGCAGACAGUCCGCCUUGGUGACUGUGCCCAUUGCUAGUAAUAUUUUUCCAUGAUCGAAAAAUAAUAAAUGAAAUCACAGAUACACCCGGUGGCAAGUGAUCGACACGCCGGGGAUUUUGGACCACGCUUUGGAAUAUCAAAUGCAAAAAUGUCUGGGUCUGGAAGGAUGCCAGAUUUGUCAUGCAGGAUUUCCAUGACCCAUGAGGCCUGGAAUGCGGGACCUAGCAUGACAAACUCUGUGAGGUCUUUGUCAUGCCUACACUGCAUGAGAAAUCCCCGCCCAACUUGGCCGAAACUGGGCAGCUUUUGGCACUCAUGCAACACAGAUUUUUGCAUGAUCCAGAUUUAGCAUGACAAGUUGCAAUGUUCCAGACCCAGACAUUUUUGCAAUUCAUAUGGAAGAGCGGAACACGAUCGAAAUGCAAGCGGUGACUGCUCUGGCGCACAUUCCGGCGACCAUCCUCUACUUCAUGGAUAUCUCUGAAACGUAUACCUUUAUUCUGGCUUCUUGAUGUAGUAGUUUUUGUGCUUCUGAGGAUGAUGUUUUUGCGAUUCUCUACUAAUUUUGCUGUGCAGGAGCUUUCCUUGCUGUAGUCCAUAUGCUAUUCAUAUCGCGAAGAAAUCGCAAACUGAAUUUAAUACCUUAACAUCACAGCUGCGGACGCAAUUUGCGUGAGCAAGUGAACCUGUUCAACUCACUGAAGCCGCUUUUCCGGGGAAAGCCACUGCUGAUCAUCGUGAACAAGAUUGAUUUGCGAAAAAUGGACGACUUGCAGCCGGAAGAAAAGGCGCUGCUCGAAUCCAUGACGAAGGACAUGGAGAACGAAGUCACGGUAUAAUUUUUUCUUUGUUGUCGAAAAAGAAAAACGGAGAUUAAAUGCGCUGGAUUAUUGAACAUGUUCGCUGAUGUACUUAGCAGACACUCCAAAAAUCGAUGCAAAUCUGGGUGUCCGUGGCUUGCGACUGAUUUUCCGGCGUCAGGCAAAGAUCAGGUUCACUAGCCGCGUUUCGUGCACAAGAAACUUUCGCGAAGAUGAUAUUAGAUAAAGUAGUCUUAAGCGUAAUUACUUAUAUUCACCGUCUUGUACUGAAACUGAAAACAGCUUUUUCCGGUGUCCGUGCAGCAGAAGGAGGGUGUUGACGCUGUGCGAACGAAAGCGUGCGACUUGCUGCUUUCCCGCCGGAUCGACAGCAAGAUCAACAGCAGCAAGGUAGACGCCAUCAAGAACCGGAUCUUCAUCGCGGAACCCACGAAUCCGAGCAUUGCCAGCAAGCGGCCCCCGUGCAUUCCGGAAAGCGUGGUCUUGCAGCAACAGCAGCAGGCCAGCGCAAGCAGUAGCAGCAGUAGCGCCGGCACGACCCAAGCGACGAGUGCAGAAGGGACGAAGAGGGUCUUGGAGAAGGAUCUGCAGGAGGAACACGGCGGUGCGGGUGUCUACGUGGCGGACUGGAACAAGGAGUGGCAGCUGUCCAACAGUAAUUGGAAGUACGACGAGAUUCCGGAAAUUAUGGACGGCAUGAACGUCGCGGACUUUAUCGACACCAACAUUUUGGAAAAGCUGGCGAAGCUCGAGGAGGAGGAGCGCGCGGAGCUGUUGGCCGAGGGCCUGGAGGACACGGAGCAGGUGUUGAAGUCCUGGCAGGACUGCGAAAAGGAGAUCGGGCUGAUGCACCGGGCGAUCAAGGCCAAACAGAACGCGAACCGCGAUCGCAAGGCCCGCAACGCCAUGGGAACAGGGGGCAUUGAACGCAAGCGAAACAAGUCGUUGAAGGAAGUCGUCGAGCGCUUGGAGAAGCGAACGAUCGGCGAGGAGAAGCCGGUUAACGUGGAGAAAUUACGAGGUCGGUCCAAGGUGCGCAAGCGCCUGAAUCGCGACGAGGAAGAGACCGGGGGCAAGAAGCGAAAGGCGGUAUACGCUACUUCUAUAUGCUUGUCGCAAUCAAUUUCUUCGAUUCAGAAAUAAAACCUUUUUAUGGAAUCUUUUCACCAUUUUCACGAGCAAAAGAACCUUCUCGUCUAGCUGGACUUGUUCCUAGCGGUGGAUUCGCAUUUGAUUGCUGCACCAGCGAUCAUCUAAGUAGAACAGCGCGGCCUCGGCUUACUACAUUGUGCCGGUGAUGUUAUUGCACAAAUUCCUCGAUUCAACAUCACAAUGUCAACAUGAUAAUCAAACUUCUCUGCUCAACAGGACGACGGUACGGCUAUGGACGUGGACAACGACAAGAAAUCGGCGAAGAGAACGUCGAAAUCGCUCAUGCGCUCAAGAACAGCGGGGCGCUCCAAGUCUGUCAAGGUCCGGGGUCUCUCCGUGCACACGGAUCGCAGCCAGAGCCGGAUCGCCACCAGUAUCGGGCGGCCCGAACUGCAGGAGAAGGCGGAGAAGGAAAAGCGAAAGGCGGGGAAGGUGCGCAACAAAGAGGCAAGAAAGGGCGAGGGCGACCGGCACAUUCCGGACUUCAAGCCGAAGCACUUGUUUACGGGAAAACGAAGUAUCGGCAAAACCGAUCGGCGCUGAGAGACUUUUUUAUGCUCAUGAUCAAGAUAUCGUUAUUGUCCCUGCAACGGCCGUGGUUUUUUGUCGCUACAUUCAGGCAUUUUUUAGUCUCGCUUCGCAGGCUAUGGCUACGUGAAAAAUGUGAUUGAAGAAAAACGUGGUGAUAUUCGCGGUAUAGGAAAGUGC